GAUGUUAAGAUAGCGCAUGCGUGUAGUGGGAUGACAGUUCCAUAGCAACCACUGAGGAUAACAUGGCAAAAGCAACUACUAUUAAAGAGGCCUUGGUAAAAUGGGAGGAGAAGUCAGGAGAGAAAGCCGGUGAGGCUAAAGCGGUGAAGCUGUAUGGCCAAAUCCCUCCAGUUGAAAAAAUGGAUGCAUCUCUCUCAACCCUUAUCAAUUGCGAGAAACUAUCACUGUCAACGAACUGUAUUGAAAAAAUUGCCAAUUUGAAUGGGCUAAAAAACCUCAAGAUAUUGUCCUUGGGCCGUAAUAACAUCAAGAAUCUCAGUGGCCUCGAGGCAGUAGGGGACACAUUGGAAGAACUAUGGAUUUCAUAUAACCUCAUAGAGAAACUGAAGGGAAUCCAUGUCAUGAAGAAACUCAGAGUCCUGUAUAUAUCCAACAAUUUGGUGAAGGAGUGGGGGGAGUUUGUGAAGCUCGCAGACCUUCCCUCAUUGGUAGACCUGGUCUUUGUGGGGAAUCCUUUAGAAGAAAAGUACUCUGCUGAAGGCACCUGGAUAGAUGAGGCCACCAGAAGGGUCCCAAAUCUAAAAAAACUUGAUGGGAUCCCAGUGAUUAAGCAGGAGGAGGAGGAGAGAGAGGGAGAGACUUAACACAGUCUAUAUUAUAUAUUCAUGGUAGUAGAAUUUUUAUUACUCAAAUGCCAGUGUGUAAACAAUUAAAAGACCAUGCAAUAUUUGCAGAUUUUUAAACUUAAUGUGUAUUUAUAUAAUCAUAGGAGCUAAAUAAAUUCUCUUAGGUUUUUAGCACCUAUUGAAAAGGCUGUUUUAAAAAUGUAUUUACUCAUAUUUAGUAGAUGGAAUAGUUAAAGAUUAUUAGACUGGUAAUAUAUGGUACUAAUGCACUGCACCAGUUUACCAAAAAGGAUUGUGGCAGUAUGUAGCUUUUCAUAGUUGUUCUGACUGGUUGCUUAGUAAACUAUGAAAAAACUGUAAGAGACUUUAUACCUUUUAAGGGCAUACAACUUUGAUUUAACAAUUAAUCUAUGCCUAAAAUAAUUUGGCAUGUGUGGAAUUUAAAGCUUUUAUCUGAAAUAGUUAUGUAUAUGGGGUGUUUCCUCCCCAGAUAUGUAUAUUUUAUUGUAGUAAAGCUUUUGUACUAUUUGUCCAUCAUAGGGUUGCAAGUAUUCAGUAUAAAAGGACUACAACUGUGCAAAAGAAAACAAAAAAAAACAACUUAUGCCAGUGAUCCUGGUGUCAGGUUUUGUAAUAGCACAUUACUUAUCUAUUGUAUAUUUUGUUGCACUAAAACGUCAGAGUAAAGCUAAUGGAACAAAUGCAAACAGAUAACACUUUCUAGAACUGUUCUGUAGAAUAAUAAAUCUAAUGGACUAUUAUAUUAGAAGUAUUUUAAAUAAAUGGAGAAUCUUUUUGGGUUUUUUAAGUUUGCAAUAGUUUUUAAAGAUUUUGUGAUACAACAUUUUUUAAAACUUGAUUUUACUUUGCUUAUUUUUAGGCAUGUGUAUAUGAUAUGCAUAUGUGCAAUUGCUGUCGUGUGUUUUGUAACAUUUUAAAAUAUUUGAAAUAAAAGGACAUGAUUGUGA